UCAUGACUUAAGAUUUAAGAUACUUAAAUCAUUUUCUGUUUGUGAGCUUCAUUUUAGAAGUGAAGAUUACCAUAUACCUUUUACUAGCAUAAGUAAUACAGUACAAUUAAAAAAAGAUGCAGUACCAUCUAUUUUUAAUAAAAAAUGAUAGUUUGAUAUUAUUGCCUUGUACUGAUCCGUCGACACCUACCCUUAAUAUGGUUGAAGUCAUUGAUGAUAAUUUUUCAUAUAAUGAAAAUAUACAAGGAAAUGAUCACAAACUUAGUACACCAAGUACUUCUCAUGCUCAACCAUCAGAUCAGUGUAUUGCGUAUUAUGAUGUUUCAAAAUCACCUAAAAAUAAUGAUUUAAUUGACAAUGACGAUUCAUUUAUAACUACACCAACAAGUUCAAAAAGAAAAAGAAAAGUUUUUUGGGGAGAUUUUAAAACUGUGGACGAUAUUGAAACUCCUGAUAGUAGGUUAAAGUACUGGCAUGCAUCACAGAAUGUUAUUACAGAACAAAAAAAAACAAUUACAUCAUUGCGCCAAAUAAAUGAAAAUUUGAUGAAACAGGUGAAAACUCUAAAUAAUUUAAUUGAUCAUCUAAAAAAUGAUAAAAAAAUUAUUUCUGACAAUUGCUUUUCAGUUAUUAAGGUUAGUAAAAUAUUAAUUGAUAAUUAAUCUAUGUAAAAUAUUAAUGUUGCCAAUGUUGGUGUGGUUUAUGUUUCAUGUUUCGGAGUAAUGGAUUGGGAUGUUAGGAUUUCAAUAAUUAUUCAGCAAAUAUAGAAAAAUGGCAAAAUUGUAUGUUUACAAUUAUAACAAAUAUUGAACAUUAGAAGAAUGUAGUGUACCAGUUGUGAAUUAUAUUUGAAUUAAUUUUUUAUUAAGACUGUGAAUUAUUAAAUUGUUCUAUUAUUGCCUGUGAAUUUUAUUAAUUAAAAUAUAUGAUUUAUUUUAAAUU